ACUUUGAAAGCAUUAGUGGAACAAUCAUAGAACUUUCUCAAUUACCUGAAGUAAGCUAAGUUCUGUAUGGCCCAGCCGCCCAGGUGCUUUAAUACUUUCAUUAGAAGAGCUAUCCUUUUAUGAAAGACAAUAAUUGACAUUCUUCUUCUGGGAAACAUAUCUGGGUAGGGAUGCAACUGGGUAGUGUUACUUUGUUUUUCUUAUUCAUCUUCAGUUUGCUUGUGUCACUGUAUGGCGCUGAAGUAUAUACCAUAACUCCUUCACACCCAUUAUCCGAAGGAGAAACUCUAGUCUCUCCUGGUCUAAUAUUUGAAUUGGGCUUCUUCAGUCCUAAUAGUUCUGCCAAUAAGUAUAUUGGCUUGUGGCACAAAAGUAUAUAUCCCCGUAAAUAUGUAUGGGUGGCAAACAGAGAUAAUCCUCUUGCAGCUACAGACACCUUGGCUAGUUUGAGAAUUGGCAGCAGCGGGAGUCUGGAGCUCGUAGAUGGGAAACAGAUUUCUGUCUGGUCGGCAAAUAUAUCUAGUUGUUCAUCUGCAGUUCUCUUAGAUAAUGGAAACUUCGUUGCCAAAGGUGUUAUGGGAGCUGAUUUGUGGGAGAGUUUUCAUAAUCCUAGUGACUCAAUACUGCCAAGCAUGUUGGUGGGAUAUGAUAGAGGUUCUGGAAAACAAAAUUUCUUGAGAUCUUGGAAAAGUGAAAAUGAUCCAUCACCGGGGAUAUUCUGGGGGGGAUUGUCAGCAGAGUUGCCAGCACAAGCGAUCAUUUGGAUUAAUGGAUCUACUCCCCACUGGAGAAGUGGGCCAUGGGAUAAAUCAAAGUUUAUUGGUGCACCUUCAAUGGAAUCUCAGUAUGUAAAUCCAUGGACUCUUGUUGGUAAUGUGACACAGGGAGCAAGGUAUGUAUCUUAUAGUUUUGAUCAAAUUCCUGGUGACAAAUAUCUUGCAUAUGACGCCAUAUCUUCUGAAGGUGUAGCGAGCCUUUUUUAUUCAGUAGGUGGCAAGAACUGGUCUCUUAACUGGAAGUCAUGGAAUAACCCAUGUGACAACUAUGGCGCCUGUGGACCUUUUGGGGUUUGCAAAUCUUCUAAAUCUCCAAUCUGCAAGUGUUUGAAAGGCUUUAUACCCAAGUCAUAUGAGGAAUGGAGAAAAGGAAACUGGACCGGAGGAUGUGUGAGACGAACAAAUUUGUCUUGUGAGACGCACAUAAAUGAAUCAGUCUCAUCAAAAGGAAAAGAUGGGUUUUUGAAGUUAGAAAGAAUGAAAGUACCCGAUUUUCAUGAAUAUCUGGGUUCUUUGGCUCUAGAAAAGUCCGAGGACUGCAAGAUACAGUGCCUGAGUAAUUGUUCUUGCCUGGCUUAUGCCCAUGUUGAUACCAUAGGGUGUUUGGUGUGGUCCAAAGACCUUAUUGAUAUGCAACAGUCUCCAUCUUUUGAAGAAGAUCUUUAUGUCCGCCUACCACACUCAGAACUAGUUGAAGGAAAGCCGAUAAACUUAAUUGCCAGCCUUACAACAAUUGGAUUUAUGAGUAUCUUAGUUGCCAUAGUCUUCAGUUUGCACAGGUGGAAUGCCAACCAAAAGCUUUUAUUUGCAAAAUCAGGCCAUGUCGAAUUAACAGCACGGCGCUUGGAAUCAACUAGUAUGAUUAAGAUUCAUAGAGAUAGUAUUCGAGGAUAUAUAGGAAAGCAUGAUCCCUCGGAGCUAAAGAUAUACGAUUUUGAUAGCAUACUAAUCGCCACAAACAGCUUCAGCAUUACUAACAAACUCGGUCAAGGAGGCUUUGGCGCAGUUUAUAAGGGGAUGUUACCAGAAGGGAAGGAAAUAGCAGUAAAAAGACUAUCUAGUAGCUCAGGGCAAGGUGUCGAAGAGUUCAAGAAUGAGAUGCUGUUGAUCUCCAAUCUUCAACACAAAAACCUUGUUAGGAUGAUGGGUUGCUGUGUUAAAGAGGAUGAGAAGUUACUAAUUUACGAGUUUAUGCCCAACAAAAGCCUGGAUACUUUUCUAUUGGAUCUGACGAAGAGAGUAGUGCUUGAUUGGGCUACACGCUUUAAUAUUAUUCAGGGUGUUGCUAGAGGGCUUCUUUAUCUCCAUCAUGAUUCCUAUGUGAAGGUGAUACAUAGAGAUUUAAAAGUCAGUAACAUUCUCUUGGAUGAGAAAAUGAAUCCAAAAAUCUCAGAUUUUGGAUUGGCACGCAUAGUUGAAGAAACACAGAGUAUAGAAAAUACUCAGAAGGUUGUUGGAACACGUGGCUAUAUGUCUCCAGAGUAUGCCAUGGGUGGGAUAUUUUCUGAAAAAUCUGAUGUCUACAGCUUCGGGGUACUGGUAUUGGAGGUUAUUAGUGGCAAGAAGAAUACUAGCUUCUAUUUAUAUGACCAACAGCUAGGCUUCCUUGCCUAUGCAUGGGAGUUGUGGAAUGAAGGCAUGGCAUUGGAGUUAGUAGAUGAAGUAUUGGGUGAUUCAUAUUCCUCAUCAGAAGUAAUGACAUGCGUGCAUGUUGGGCUUCUUUGUGUACAGGACAAUGCUGCAGAUAGACCAGCCAUGGUGGAUGUAGCUUCGAUUCUAAGCAGCGAGAAAGAUGGUCCACAUCCGAAGAGACCUGUAUUCACCAUCCAAAACUCAAUUUAUCAUCCUGGACCAUGCUAUGAAAAUACAAAUUCCUCCAAAAAUGAAGCUAGCAUGACAAUAAUUGAAGGACGUUAAACGACAGCAAAUUGGUACAUCACAAUGCAAUGCCUUUUGGUCAUUCUCAAGAACCAUGUUGAAGGUUUUUCUAUUUGGUAGUAUAUGAAGGUUUUUUUUCGUUAACAAGAUGCUUCUUAUUGAUCAUUUUACAAAUUUUAUAUACAAAAAAUUAAGUAUGCACCUGGCAAUAUCAUUUUUCUAUUGUCUUAUACUUUUUGUUUGUUUUUUUGUUUUUUUUUUUUUUGUACACCCCACCCCAACCCUCCUCACUUUCAAUGGAACUCAAAUACAUGACCUCCCAAACAGGAAUUCAUUGUC